UCUAAUAUAAAAUAACACUUGAAAUUCAAUCCCAACCCAUUGUAAUAUUACAUGUAUUCGAUAUUACAAAAUAUCAAAAAAUUAAAUACAAUAUUCGGUAUAUUUCAAAUGCCGAUACUAAACUUCUAGCCCUAAUCAACAAUAUUGACCAUAGUAGAUGAUCAUACGAAAAUGUUAAGUUGGGUUUUUUUUAUGUAGAAAGAUAAGUUGGCUUUGAUAGAAAGAGAUAGGGUAUUAAUAUUUUGGCACGAAUUAUACCCAAAUUUUCUACUUUGAUCCGUGAUUUAUGAAAUUGCUAUCCCGACCCGAACUAUACACCAUACUACUUUCUAGCUUGGCCCAGGGUGGGUUUUCACCAUUAAAUUAGACGGUCAACUCUAUUGACCAUUAGUCAAGCGCCAUGUCACUUGCCACAUCAACGAACUCGAAAUAAAAAAUUUGGAUUUCAAAUUUCUGUAAUUUUUUUUAAAUUCGGUAAUUAUUAUGGAUUUUUCUUCGUCAAAAAUAAUUUCUUUAUUUUAGAUUUACUAACGUGGCAAGUGACUUGACACUUGGCUAAUGGUCAAUGUAGUUGACUGUCCAAUAUGACGAUCAAAAACCACACCAAACCUAGUAAAAAAGAAUGGUGCAUAGUUCGGACGAAAAAUAAGAUAUUAACCAAGAAAUAAACAGUUUUCUUUUCUCUUUCUUUUACGUGCUGCUUUCCAGCCUCAUAAAAGCCCUGUUCUAGUGGGCCUAAAAUGUCGCCAAUAAGUUGGGCUCUCGCCGAGUGCUCGUCAACCCAAAAAGCAAACCCCGGCGCCGAUAGACAAGUCCGACCAUCAAAUUACACGGCGGAGCAGCUCCCUGCUUUCCCGCUGCCGGCGAGAUUCCGUCCAUAGCGAAAUAGUAAAAAAGAAAAUAUCUCCUCUCUCACUCUCUCUCUGAAAACUAAAUAUCGCUACUCGCUAGUUUACCUUAUCCUCUUCUUCAAAGUCUCGCGCUCGCCAUUUUCGAAUAAUUCGUCCGCCCUUCCAAUGGCUGCGUUUACUCUCUCGUCUUCGCUAACUCCCAAAACCCUAACCCCUUCUCUCCCUUGCCCCAAAGCAUCCCUGCCGCCUUCCUCCUUCUUUCCCGUCCCUCAAUCAUGGAACCGCCGGAGUUGGGGUUCCGUCCGCUCGCGGCAGCGGCAGUCGUUUGCUCGCGCGGCCGUGAACUCCGAUUUUUCGUCGCGGAGGAGCAGCGGCAGCAGCAGCAGCGAGCAGAGGGAGACGAUAAUGUUGCCCGGUUGCGACUACAACCAUUGGCUGAUUGUGAUGGACUUCCCCAAGGAUCCCGCGCCGAGUAGAGAGCAGAUGAUCGAUGCUUAUCUCAAUACUCUCGCUACCGUCCUUGGCAGCAUGGAAGAGGCGAAGAAAAAUAUGUAUGCUUUCAGUACAACGACCUACACCGGGUUUCAGUGCACGGUAGAUGAAGCUACCUCCGAGAAAUUCAAGGGUUUGCCAGGAGUGCUCUGGGUGCUGCCUGACUCCUAUAUAGAUGUUAAGAACAAAGACUAUGGAGGGGACAAGUAUGUGAACGGAGAAAUCAUACCAUGCACUUACCCGACGUAUCAACCGAAGCAGCGCAAGAGUUCCAAGUACGAGAGUAAAAGGUACGAGAGGCGAAGAGAUGGCCCACCUGCUAAUCAAAGGAGUCCAUCGAAACCACAGGCUGCUAGCUCGCCCGAGUCAUCGUCCUCUGCAUAAGCGAUCAUAGAAUAUAAAAAAAAAUGUAUGUUUUACUACCCUUGUGCUUUUCUCCAUAGCUUGUACCAUUUGUUUAUAACUGUUCUGUCAUUUGCUCUAGCUUCCUUGUGCAUAUGCUUAGUAGUUUGAAACAAAAGAGUAGAGUUAAUACCUGUCUCUUUGUUGCAGGUUAUCCUUCAGCUUUUCUAUGGUGUUCUCAUCUGUGAUUCAUGGUCUUUGCUGGGGGGAAGCAAAGUGUGAUUUUGAGUUAAUUCCUCUUUGAGCUGAGACUUCCCUACUCCCUACAGUGAAAAAUCUUGUAUGCAUUUGUAAGAUCAGAUAGGUGAGUUCAUAGUCUCUUUUUGGACACCGUGUCCAAUCCAUCCUUAUGGAGAAAGGGAAUUUGAUGAGAGGAUUACAUGGCAGCCAUAAGGACUUGACACUGUUCUAGACUCUGUAUGUGAAUUUUGCUCUGUUUCCAAGUUGGUCCUAUUUAGGGUGGUGACCAACAAUUUGCUGCACAGCAAACCAAAUUUGACAUUUGAGUCGCAUGAAUAUAGUUCAAUUUGCUUCCUUUGAUUCGAAAAUGGUGGGUCAUUUUCCUUUUGUUGUUGAUCUCGUCAUGUGUUGCUUUGCAUCCGAUUCUGAACUAGACCAGCCAGGCUCAACAUUGGUCCUCUUUCCUCAGGCUCAAAGCCUGACCCUUAGACCAUCCACAAUGAUGGAAGGGAAAAAAGGGUGAAAAGGGUGGGAAAAAAGGGAAAGAAUGGUGGAGGAGAAGAAUUGGUCACAAUGGGAGGGAGGGAAAAAAGGGUAAUGAGAAGUGGUUUUUUUCUUCAAAAUCUAUCUAGAGUUGAUAUGGUAAUUUUAUUUUGAUAAUUUACUUAUUAUUUUUAUACAGGUAGUAUUAAUUAAUUAAAACGAAUAUUUCGAUAUAAUUUUUUUUUAAUUUGGACAUAAUUUUUUUUAUCACUAAUUAAAUAUGACGUUAUCAAUGACGAAUCUCAAUAAUUUGCAGAAUACUAUUACUCAUCACAAGUUUCACAAAUGAGUGGUUCCAUACAAAAAAACCAUUUAAAUUCAAUCUGAUAUUAAAAUAAACGAAAAAAAAGAAAAAGAAGGCACCAGCCACGUGGCCCAAUCAUCUUCUUCCACCAACAACCCACUUUUUCCUCCUUCUUUUGUCUUUUUCAGAAGGGUAAACUCUCCCCCAAUAGCCUUCUUUUCCUUUUUAGCCUUUUUAUCCUCCCCUAUUGUAGGCUUUCCCCUCAUUUUUUUCCUUUUCCCCCUUUUUUUCAAUGCUUGCUGUGGGUGGUCUUAGACUAACUCCAACCCUAUAGUUAAAAAGCCAUUUACCCAUUUUUAGCUCUUUUUUUGUGCUCCAACCCACAUUAUUUUGGGAGCUAAAAAUGGGUAUUGGUGAAUUGGGAGCCAAAUUUAGCUUCCAAAAAGGUGAAAAAACCAAAUUUGGCUAGAGGAAAUGGUGGACCUGCGGUGGGUCCUCUUUUAUUUUUUUGUUUUUUUCUGUGGGAUUUUCUCAUUGGUUGAUUGUGUUGUUUUUUUUUGUUGCUUUUUUUUUGUGUGGUAUUUUGCCAUUGGUUGAUUGUGUAUGUUGUUUGUUUAAUUGUUUGAAAGAAGAUAUGAAAUGUUAUAUGUUUAAUUGGUAUUUUUUUCAUUGGUCCCGAAGUUAACGGUAACAAAAUAAUGACUAAUUUUCCGAAACUUUUUUUGUCUCGGAAUAAAAAAAAAUUACAUCGAAAAUUUUGUUUUCAAAACUAAUAACUAACUUAGGGAUGGCAAUGGGUCGGGUCGGGGACGGAUAGUGCAUAUCCGUUACCCUACCCAAAGUAGUUCGGGUUUUACCCAUACCCAUACCCACAUAUAAAACGGGUAGAAAAUUAAAACCAUGACCAUACCCGUUCGGGUUUCGGGUAUCCACGGUUAUCCAUGGGUAAUGAUUUCUCUUCAUAACUCCAACUAAUAUGUUUACAUUCACACGUAUUCUCACAUUAUGCAAAAGGAAAAGUAUGACAAUAAUUCACUAGAAUGAAGAAAAUUAAUUAAAACAACACAAUUUCAUGAAAAUAUUAUAUUUAUAUGCUAAAUAUAAAAUAUUUUAAAGAAAAAUAAUGACUAUUUCUAGACAAAAUACAUAUGUAUGUGUAUAAUCGGGCGGGUUCGGGUUGGAUACUGAGAAACCCAUGCCCACCCAUUAUCCGCAAUAUUCGGGUUCGGGUUUUACCCGUACCCACUAAAUGUCCUUCGGGUUCGGGUUUUACCCUACCCGAUUAGGCCGGGUUCGGGUGGAUAUCCACGGUUACGGAUAUUUUUGCCAUCCCUAAACUAACUAUAGAAAAUUAAAGUGAAAUAUGAAAAUUAGAGGUCAAAUAAGUAUGCUUUAUUGUAAUAAAUUGAAAAAAGGUAGGUAGGAAGCUAAAUUUAGCAUUGUGUAGGGUUGGAGUGAAAAUGGGGUUUGAGGAGCUAAAAAGCCAUAUUUGGCUACUUGGGGAGCCAAAUUUGACUUUACGGGUUGAAGUUAGUCCUAUCUCUGACAAAUGAUGUUGAUUCAAGGCUGGAAACCUGGCCGUAUAUACGAACCAUUUUGAGUUAUGUAAGCUGAUGGCGAUCACAGUUCACAACGGGUCAAAUUGAGUCAGAUUUCUCUAAAUUCAAACCAAACGGUGGGACAGAUUUCUCUAAAUUCAAACCAAUCGUGGUGGACGCACCAAGAAAAAAACUAGUAAAUACCUAUUAGGUUAUAGAACAACAGAUCCAACCCAACUCAACAGGUACACACAAAUUCAUGGGGAUUCAUGGAUUCACGAACAUAACCAUACAUUAACUUCGAACACUCACAUCAAAAUAUUGUAUAAGAAAAUUCCAACAAAUAUAUAUCUAUAAAGACUAAUAAGUCCACAAAUUAUUCAUAUUAUCUACACAUAAUAUAAUACACCGAAGGAAAAAACGGGAGCCCCAUUUCAAAUUUCCUGCGAUGAGAGUGAAAGUAGGAAGGACAUUUUGGUCUUCACAAUUACUUUUUUUUAUUCAUUAAAAAGACACGUACUGGGAUUCGAACCAUGUCCAUUUUAAAGAAAAGCAAGAAUCAUAACAAUCACACUAAGUACAUUUGUUGUAUCUUUUUAAAUCAAAAACAUAUAAUAGCAAGGAGGAAAAAACCCUUCCUGCUCCAGGAGCGUUUGUAGGAAGGGUAGAAUAGGGAGUGUCAGUUUUUUUCUCUUUCCUCUGUGGAACGGGCCAACUUACCGUACACAUGUGGAUUUAAACGGGUCCAGAAGUGUCAAUUUUUUUCUUUAAGCCCUGUUAUUUCUCCGUGGUGAUAAAAUAUAUAUGAGAAGGCAAAAACAAUACUCCAUUUUAUUGCUAAAAAUAAAAAAAAUUAACAAUAUACUAAUGCAUGGUAUCUAAUGGGCUAACCGCUAACCAUAAAAUAAAAGAGUUGAAUGGGCUUGACCUACACGAGAUUUGGCCAUCAAGUAGAACAAAUAAACAUCAUUGGUUUGCCAUUCUAGAACAAACUAUUUUCUCUGGCAUAAUAUAUAUUAUGCUAUUAUUUUAUAUCUUAGUGGCUAAAAUAUAAUGUAUUUUAAAGUUAUUCAAUGGUUCAACCUCGACCAACCCAAUUAGUCCAAUUUUUAUCAUUUCAAAUAUAUAUUAUAUAAUUAUUUGAUAUCAUAAUGAUCAAAUUAUAGUGUAUUUUAUAGGUAAUCGUUUGGUAUUUGUCAGUAAAAAACUAAACAGAACGAUCUAUUUGGUUAUUUUAAACAUUAAAACGAUCCUAAACAUUUUCAGUUCCUUUUGAAUUUUUAUGGUUUUAUUCCUGAAUAAGUGAUGUGCAAAUGGCGAAUUGCAGUCAUCUCUUUUCUUUCACUAUUUUUUAUUUUCAAAUAGAAAGUUUAAAAGUAAAGAAUAAUUAGAAUUUGGCAUGGGUCGGUCAAACAUGCUGAAUUUUAAGUUUUGGCCCGUUUUGAUUAAGUCUAAUUUAUAAUCACAUGGUUUUCUAAUACCCGAUAAAAAUCUCAAUCCAAACCAGUUUGGCAGGUGAGUCUGUGUUUACGACCAUUUUCUAGGGAUACGACAACGGCGGUUCCUAUCCCAAAUCGUGUUGUUCGUUCUUGAUUUUCUUAGAUUUUAUCAUGGCCUAACAAAAACCAGAAAGCACAAUGACGACAAGACGAAAGUUUUAUAAAGCAAAUUAAUCAACCAACGGGCCGAGUAAAAGCUAGCAACGAUUGUGAGAUGCCCAUUUCCCGAAAACGACGGGAUAGGCGAUUUUUUAUUCGAUUUUCUAGAAUUCUAUUUCUAUAAAACUUACUCCACCUCAUCAUAUUACGAGAAACAAUAUUGUUUCAAAAGGUAACAUGUACUUGAUUUUGGUUCAUAAGGCCGAUUUUUGAUUCAUUACAUCAUUCAUGUAUCUUUCCUACUAAAAUUCACUAUUUUUAUCACGAGUUUCCCAAAAAAAAACUAUACAAUAAUAAACUAUACACUCCAUUACAUUAUCAAAUUUCAUAUUUCAUCUUCCUCCGGCCAACUGGCCGGGGCCACGCUAGUUAGAUUAUAAUGACACAAACUAAUAACAUUUAUAUAUCAUCUUUGUUGUCCAUACUAGUACCAAAUUAAAUUGUUUUGAUUUUUGUAGUGCCAGUCGGAUGGGAAGCGGGUUGGAUUUUGACAAAAUCCAAUCCCAUUAAUUAAGGGUAGAAUUUUACUUCGUGUUCUCAUCUCGCCUGUGAUUCAUAUCAUAGUAUUAAUUAGGAAUUUUUUGUUGGAGAUCUUUGGGCCUAAGCAUAUGUAUGGAUUGGUGGAUCAUGGGCCAGUUAUUGGCCCAGGAAUAUGUGAUUGCGACUGCCACUCCAAAUCUCCAAUUGAACCAAAAAAAAGGAGGUGCUCAAUAAUAGCGUAGGGACAUGUGAACACAUGACAUGAAUAGGAAAUGUGUGAUUGCGAAUUGCCACUCCAAUUUACACACACUAUCGAUCUCACUAUCAGUAGAAAGAAGCUUCCCAAAAUUUCUCCAAGCAUAAUCAUACGAAGAUUUGAACGGUAAACACUCCAUGCUAUCCAUAAUGAGUUCUCUUCUUAAUUGGAGUAGCAAUAAUGAUUCACAAGGUCAAAACAGUAAAGAUCUUAAACAUCAUUUCCUCAACAAAAUAUUUAUAAUUAGCUCCAAAAACUUGCUGACAAGAAAGUCAUGAUGGCUACUCCCACUCGAUUCAUUGAUCAAAUUGGUGUUUUGCAAAUAUUGUUGACGGUGGCCGAGUCAGGAUUUUGUCAAAUGUGGGUUGCAAUGUGGGGGAAAAAAAAUCAUAUGAUGUUUUACUCUUACUUAUAUUGUCAUCCAUAUUAAUUAUAAAUGUAUGUCUCUCAUCAAGUAUGGUACCAAAAAAGCAUUUACAAACUUCACCAUUAAAAGGGUGAUUGUCACGUAGUUCAUUAUGAAAAUAUUUUUUUUAAGUGUUUGCAACGACGACGGUAACAAAUUCAGAAGUCGGUACAUUAACAAAAGACUUAAAAAGAAUAUAUAUAAAUAAGAAGUUAUGUAUAUAUCACUAUUGGCACACCGCACACAUAUACACCAAUGGUUCGUAUGGUUCUCCAAUACAUCGAAGGUGUUGUCAUGGAUCCACCUUGAACAGAGGUGACUAACUCCACCCUUGAUUAUUGCAAGAUCUUAUAGCAAGUCUAUAACAUCACCCGACAAUUAUCGAGACAAUCUAUGAAAUCAUAGGACUAAUAUUGUUUCUGAACCGAUAAUAAAUCAUUAAUUUCUUCUCAUUUCUCUUGAUUAUAUCGAGGCAAUCUAGAAAUCAAUGUAGUGCAACGCAAGAUCAAUUAUCCAUGGUGAUUAUGUUCAAUAUGCUAAUGAAUGACCUUUUUGAGCGAAUGAAUAAUGAAAUUGGUCACACAUGAACAUGGCCGAGUCGGGUCGGGUCAGAAAAGGGCCCAACAUUCCAAUCAUGGGUGACAGACAGAUAGACAGACAAGGCAAAAAGAGCCAUCUAAAAGAGCAAAACAAAGCCAGCCAGCUGCUUUGAUUAAUAGAGGAUUUGUUUGGUUUCAUGUUGUUAGCCAUGUAGUGCAACCGACACCAAUAUUAUGCGGGCGGACGAGCUAUGAACAUUGAUUAAUUACUGUAAUUAACAAAAAUAUAUACUGUGGAUUAGAAUUAAUUGUUGUCAUUAAGCAAACUCCUUUGUUGAAGCAUCCGUCGUUUCCUCUAACUUCGUUGAACUGUUCUCAAGAUGAUCAUCCCCCGUGAUUACAGGAAACAAUUAAUAGAACUUUCCAUUAAGCAGGCCAUUAAUAAUGGGAAAUUCCCCCCCUCUCAAAAUUCUCUCCUAUAGAUCUUAUUCUAUUCCCUCCCAUCAUUGCAACGUCUAAUAAAAGAUAGAUUGUUUAAAGAGUUCAACUAUAAUUAUAUAGCUUCAUUAAAUAGUUACCUUGGUUCGAAAAUUUAACCGUUAGUUACCUUAACAUUGUAACUGUCUUUCUCACAUGCAUACCUGGACCACAACCAUACAUAGUCAUUCGACAAAUUACUUUUCUUUUUUUACCGCGUUUAAGAUCUAGAAAUUUCAGGUCCUCUCAUAUUGGAAAGACCGUUAACGCACUUUUAAAUAUACCAACUUAACAAUACGCAAAAAAAGGACCAAUUGUUAUGAUUUAAACUCAACCGAAACGAUUCCUAAUUUUCAGAAACUAACAGACAUGCUAAAACGAGAAUAAAUCGUUGUUCAAUUUUUUUAUCUAAUUUCUGCAUCAAACCAUCGAUCCUCACUCGAUUCAGGACCGAACCGGGCGAGACCCGGUCCUCGCCUCCAUCAUGACGAGGGAGUGGGAUUGUUUUAAAGAAUAGAUAUUUUGGGGGAACCAAUCGGCGGAAGAGCUGUUGGUUUGGAGAUGGAGACGGCGGACGAGGUGGGGAAUACUACAUUAUUAUUUAUUAUUAUUAUUAUUAUUAUGGUUUAUAUUCCAAAACAGAUAGAAUUUUUGCAAUAAUGCUCUACCAGCUGUGACGUUUGUUCUUUUAUUUUUUAGUUUUGUGGUAACAAAAAAAAAAAAAAAAAAAAAAACAAAGCAAGAUAUCGGUGGCAGGCAGCUAAGUGGUUCUUUCUGUCCAUUACCGAAUUUAUGCCUUUCUUUAUAUAUACCUUAUAAUACAUACUCAAUACUGAAAUAUUCUUUUGAUUUUUCAGAUUUCGAUCUUGAGUUCGAUACAAAUCUUUGGCUGAACCCUAGUGGAAUAGCCCAACUAUUUCUAUAGUGAAUUUUACCGUGUGACGAAAAAAUUAACUCGAUUUUUGUAUUUACUUAAUUUCGUAUUGUUGCUAUGCAACGGCGGGGAAAACUAGACGGUACGAAUGAGAGAGAGAAAAAAAACAGCUAGGAGGAAGGAGGAACUAUGAAGCAACUCCAGAUUGGAAUUGUGCCCUACAAAUAUAGAAAGGAAGCUACCACCACCCUUAUGUUUUAAGCCAAGAACUGAAAAUGGAAUGAGAAUGAGCUAAAUAGGGGACAAGAGGUACAACUAAUUAACAACUAUAGUUAAAUACAUAUACACACACGUCAAACUAUGCACCAAUUUUGAGAAAACAUAACAAUUGGUAAGGCUUUUAAUUUGUCGUCGGUCCGUCAUCGGUUUUUCGACCACCAACGUUUGGAUUCCUUUGAGUUUUAUUAUAUCCGACCUAUCUUGUUUAAAUUUCUGACUCCGUCAUUAUUUCAUAAGCAACUAGCUACUACGACCGAACCAAACGACCACGAAACCCUUUUCAAAUAGAGAAAGUAAGGCCUCCUUAUCUGAUGGUUGAUUCUGAAAUUUUAUAUCGGAGGUGUUCUCCCUCCAAAUUUAAAUUAAAAAGAAAAUGUCCAACUAGUAUUCAACAAAAAAAAAAUCAAUUAGUACAAGUUACAAAACAUGUCCGUUAGAAUAUACUCGACUGUAAGGAGAGGGGGCACAAUCGGGUUGUUACCUAGUUGUCGCAUAAUCUGUUUUGUCGCUCGCAAGAUCCAAUGUAUUCCUCUCUGUUAGGGAGCGAUGCUGAUGACAUAUUUUCAUAUUCUCAAAAAAUUGGAACAUUUUUAGGCAGAGAUGGGACCCCUUGAAUGUAGGAGAUAAGUCGUGGGGGAUGAGGAUAUAUAUCAGUGGUUUAGUUUUCGGGUUUUGCUAAAAUUGAGGAUACGCAGUUGGACAUUUAUUUUCAAAUUACAACAUGAAUUGAACCGUAGUAAAAUGAAAAAAAAAAAACAUGUUUACUAAUAACUGCCGUGUCGCAAAUUUAAAUCUUCAAAACUUUUCAGAUUUGUCCCCCAGAAAUCCCCGAAUCCGCCCCUAUCCUUACUCUACCAUAUGCCAAAACACACGCUCAUGAGUCAUGAGUAGUCUGCCACCACAAAAACACACCUCACCGGCCAUGGAUAAUAUCAAAACAUUUCAUAGAUCAAUGCCAACUUCUUUCUCUUUCAGAUUUACGUAGAUACAUACAUGCAUACUCGUACAUGCGUAUUCUUUUAGCGAUAAGAACAAGAGACGUUAUCAGAAUAUGAGAUAUGAACAACCGAAGCAGAAGAAAAAAAAAACCAAAAUAUGAGGCGUUAUCAUGGGAUGGGAGUUUCUAGGGGAACUAAAAAAACACUACAAUACAAUAUUAUCGCAUUA